AUAAAUGGAGUAAUUUAAAGUUUUUUUAUAAAGUUUAAAAUUUAAACGGUUCUCCUCAUUUUCGUUUCAUUUCAUUUCGAAACGUUGGUGUAAAGCUGAACCAUCAUCUUCAUCAUCUUCAUCAUCAUUAUCAAAAUCUCAUGGAUAGCCACGAUUCAAACGAUCCUAAGCAAAGCCCCGCUGAUAUGACCGCAUUUGUGCAAAAUCUUCUUCAGCAGAUGCAAAGUAGGUUCCAGACCAUGUCUGACUCCAUUGUUACAAAGAUUGAUGAUAUGGGAAGUCGUAUCAAUGAGUUGGAGCAGAGCAUCAAUGACCUGAGAGCUGAGAUGGGAGUGGAGAGCUCUCCAUCACCAGCAGCCCCCGAGAAGCCAAAGGAAGAAGAGUCGAAAAAAGAAGAGGGUUCAGAUUAAGUGACAUUUUAAUUUCAAUUUCUCAUUGUUCUUGUCUUGCAUUGUACAAUGAUUGUUAUGGCGCAUCAACUAUCUCUGUCUAUGUAGUGGUUCUGAAAACUAAUGUGUUGUGUGGCUGCGUACAGCGGAUCAUUUGUAGCUAAAUCACCUUGCUCUUUUUAUGAUUUAGCCAUACUACUACAAUUUUAUAUUACAGUCACUUUGUUGCUCUCGUAUUGGCUAUUCCCCAGCAUGCUGCUAUGUGCUGAUGAAUGAAUGAAUGAGUAUGUGACCCCAAAUCCUGGUGCUGCUGUACUGAUAUCCAUUUUUUUGGUACUCUAUUCCAUAUUUUAUUUAAAGUUUCCAA